AUGAGGGCGCUUUUUGUGUUUGCCUUGCUUUUACAUACUGCCACAUCGAUCAAGCUGCCUGAUGGAUGGGUUAUCAGAGAGAGUGAUGAGAUCUUCUCCGAUCUCUCCAAACCAUGCCCAAUUACUGUUGACGGCAUCAAGAAAAUGCAGGAACAAGUGGCCAAUCCGUAUUCAUUACUGUACGGAACGCUGGCGAGAUUUUACAUGCAGGCAGUCCCAUCAUUAGCUGGAAAGUAUCCGGAAGAGAUGAAAGCUGCUUCGGAAGAGAAGGCUAAAUUCGAGGAGCUAUUCAAAGGGAACGUCAGCGAGGCCAAGUUGACGAUGCUGAAAUAUGCGGCCAACAUUGUCAAUUUCACUAUCACGAAUCUGGACGAUGAAGAAUUAUACAACGUUCGAAGCCACAUAUUUCAAACCGCAGAUAUUAUUGAUGGAAAUGAGCUCCUCGACUACCAAUCGAUUUUCUCACCAAGGUUCUUCAACACCCUGAUCGUGCUUCCCAAGAACAUUCUCAAAUUUUUCGACAAGAUCGUCGAGGAGUACAAGGCCGACUGGAAGGAGGUAUACCGGGAUCAGCCGGCCAAUGCCACCCUGGUGGAGGAGUUCGAGGACGGCAUGAAUUCAGAGCUGGAGAAGCUGAAGCUCGAGCACUUUGUGCAUCCUGUAAAUUUAACCCUCCCCAUCAACCUCCUCAAACUCGUCCACUUGGCUCCAAAGUACGAAGUCGGAAACGCCACCGUACUCCUCGGAAUUUUCCCCGAAAGCGAAGAGGAUUUUGGAGAGUUCAAUAAAAACCUGACCGAGCUACUACCAAAAUCGGUGCCUCUCUGUCAGAAGAUAAACUUGGAGCUCGAGCAACAGGCGCAGAAGGUGUUGAGGGAUUUGAUGGGGGUUUUGGAAAAGUCCCGAACCGCCAUCAAGGGCCAAGACCCGACACUCGAUUCUGCCUUGAAUACAGCGAACGGGAAAAUUACUGAAAAUAUGGAUGAACUGCGCCAGAAUUUGACCUGGCAUCUGAAGUCCACAGUUCAUCGAGAGAUUCUUACCGUCCUCGAUGCGAUGUCGCCCGGGGAACGCCGCAGCUUGCGUAAAUUCGUUGGAGUUCUGGCACGAUUCAUGUUGAGACAGCAGUUGAGAAAGGGCGGCUACCGCUUCUGGAGCGCCUUGAAGACGACGACACCGAAUAUUCAAAUCCUGACAAACACGAUCAAAGAGGCAUUUUCAAAUGUUACGGCAAAUGUUCGAGAAUCUGCCAAAACGCUCCUUCCCCUCGCCAAGGAAAAGGUGAAAAACGACGAGUUCUGGGCGUCGGUGAGUCGCCUGGCGUCCGUUUUGGACGCAAAAAUGGCCGGGUUGACGCAGAUGCAAUCUAUGAAAGUACACCUGGCAUACCCGGUCCCGAUUCUGCUGCUCAUCAAUGAUAUCCCCGACCAGGAGCUCGAAUUUUUUAAGUCACAGAAGGUGGAGGAGGAGGAGGAGGAGAAGCGA